AACGGCGCUUCAAACCAGGCUUUUGCUUGCGCCAACGACUUCUGCGGGCCCCGCAUGCCAUAGGCUCAAUAGCCUCGCGAGCGGAUCCCCCUCCUUGCAAGGCCGGAACUGAGCUGCCGCCGGCGCUAUGGCGAGCGGCGGCCUGGCGGCUGCGUCAGAGUUCGCCGUCGUCUUCCUCGUCCGCCCUGUCCUCGCCAUCGCCUUCGUCUUCACCCUCAUCCUCCUCAGUUGGUACGUGGCGUGGAGAACGGUGCUGGUGCACGUGCCGCUGGUGCAGGAGAUCGCCGGUCUGCGCCCGAAGAAGCCCUCUAAACCCAAGCCAGCCAACCGCGGCCGCUUCGCCAAGUUCUACCAGAACCAGGCCGAGGCCGCACAAAGGAACAGCAAAUCAGAAGGGACAUCUUAAGAGAAAUCCGUCAGCACUUUGUAACAAGUACCUGCUGCAGACUAUAGUAUGCAAAUUCCCCAGUUCUAAUUAGAAUUAGAAUGCAAGUACUACCAAUGGUGGCAGUUUUUUAGGAGAGAAUGUAUACCAAUGAUGGUGGUUUUUUAGGAGAGAAUGUAUAUCAGCAUGUGAUGGGAGCAUCUUGCUUGACGAUACAUCAGGCUUAUGAUACUAGCGUAUCAACUGUAUAUUGCAUGACCUUGUAAAGUCAAGGACCUUAUAAUUGUAGAUUAUACAUGUAUACCUGUAUACAAGAAUAAAGAACCACUUAUCCUUUGGAAUAAUGUUAAUGUA